CAGAAUCAAUUCAGUGCCCAAGUUUGAGUAAUAAAAACUAUUCUAUCGACUAUUGUUGUACCGAAUCUCUCUAAAAUAAGAUCAAAGAUUUAUACAAACUAUCAUUCCCUAUUUUAUCCCCUAAGGGGUGGAAUUUAUCAAAAUCCUUUCUAAGGACGUUUACGUCAUAAUAUCCAUCUGCACGCCGAAUUUCAACCCGAUCGGUGUAAAACUGACAAAGCUUCAUACAAACGUUCAUCCCCUACAUUACCCCAUUGGAGGUGGAAAUAAUCAAAAUCCUUACUUGGGGAUGCCUACGUCAUAACAUCUACCUGCAUGCCGAAUUUCAUCUGCAUCGGUGUAAAACUGUCAAAGCUUCAUAUAAACAUUCACCCCCUAUUUUACCCCCUUAGGGGUGGAAAUGAUCAAAAUCCUUUCUUAGCGGAUGCUUAUAUGAUAACAUCUAUCUGCAUGUCAAAUUUCAAUCCGAUCGAUUUAAAACUGACAAAGUCUCAUACAAACUUUCAUCCCCUAUUUUACCCCCUUGGGGGUGGAAAUUAUCAAAAUCCUUUCACAGCGGAUUACUACGUCAUAACAUCUAUCUGCAUGCCAAAUUUUAACCCGAUCGGUUUAAAACUGACAAAGUCCCAUACAAACUUUCAUCCCCUAUUUUACCCCCUUGGGGGUGGAAAUUAUCAAAAUCCUUUCACAACGGAUGCCUACGUCAUAACAUCUAUCUGCAUGCCAAAUUUCAACCCGAUCGGUUUAAAACUGACAAAGUCUCAUACAAACUUUCAUCCCCUAUUUUACCCCCUUGGGGGUGGAAAUUAUGAAAAUCCUUUCACAGCGGAUGCUUACGCCAUAACAUCUAUCUGCAUGCCAAAUUUAAACCCAAUCGGUUUAAAACUGACAAAGUUUCAUACAAACUUUCAUCCCCUUUUUUACCCCCUUGGGGGUGGAAAUUAUCAAAAUCCUUUCUUAGCGGAUGCCUACGUCAUAACAUCUAUCUGUAUUCCAAAUUUUAGCCCAAUCUAUCCAGCGGUUUGGGCUGUGCGUUGA